GCCGGGUGCGGGGAGGGGGCGGUUGCGGAGCCCGGGCGGCGCGGCACGGCCGCUGCAGCGGGUAUAUGGCGGCGGUUCUGUCCGCCCUGGCUGCCAGGCUCUCCCAGUCGGCCGCGGCCAGGUCCUACGGGGUGUUCUGCAAGGGGCUGACUAGGACCCUGCUCAUCUUCUUCGACCUGGCCUGGAAGCUCCGCAUUAACUUCCCUUACCUCUACAUCGUCGCCUCCAUGAUGCUUAACGUGCGGCUGCAGGUCCAUAUUGAGAUCCACUGACUUGGGACUUGGUGUGCUGCUUGCACUGUAUGCUGGAACUAGAAUCAGUCUCUUCAAACUCAGCCUGCCGUGAAACAGCAAAACUAUGCUUGUCUUCUCCAGCCCUACAAAGAAACCAGUAUGUGAGCAUGGCCCAGCUCAUCACAAGGCAGCAGCUCACCUGACACACAUGCAUUCCACGUUGAACAAUUCUCAGAAUCAUAGUAGCAGUUUACAAGAACUAUUUUAUUUUAACACCGGGAACUGUUCUCUCUUUAAUACUAUACCUCUGCCUUCUACUGGCAAGGAAAUGCCUCUGACUUUGAGUGAAUCAGCAGGGAGGAACUCAAGUGCAGCUGCUCUGUGGAAGGAUUCAUUUCAUCUGCACUUUUCUUCUGGGAAGGACAGUCUUGACAGGGUUUAUAGCUGCAUUAGUAGCAUUUCAGUAAUGGGCUGGCUGCAGGCAGCUUGUAGUUUUGCUGGAGACUUUAGCUCAUGCCAUCCAGGAGAUAACUUUGUAUGUUUUGCACACUUCUGGCUGGGAAAUUUGCAGUAUAAUACAACCCUGCAGUUUCUGGAAUUAGAAAUGAGUGGUAGCAGAGAGACCAGAUCACAGCUUACAUUUCUAAAAGAGUUGGAGCUCAGUGGACUUGCUGAUCUUGAGUCUAUCCCAGUUGCCUCACUGAAGGAACAUGCUCUGGGACUCUUGAACAACCAGAAAACAUGUUUUUUCCUCUGUUACUUAAUCCUUGUAUCUUCAGAGCAAACACUUGGAUACAAUCAAAUGCUUUCAAAUGUACAAUAUGUGACUAAUAAUUUUCAUGUCCUACAGCUAGUAAUUUCUGUGCUAGCUUUUGCACUAGCAGGUCUCUGGUGUGCAGUAGUGAAGGUAAAAAGAGUACUAAGAUUUUAGCAAUUACUAUUUUUAACAAUCAUAGAAAGCCACCUGAAUAACAGAGACAAGGUUACAGUUCAGGUUUUAGUGAGGAGGAGACAGAUGAAGUAAAAAAAAUAUAUUUGUACAGUUGCUAACAAAACUGGCUGGAAGAAUAGCAACUUUUUUAUAUUUGUCAAGGUGUAUCUGCAUCUGAGUGGAGAGAACUUAAUCUCAGAAUUCUUUGUGACUUUUGCAGGUCUGCCAUUUAUACUAGGCUGGAACUCAAUCUGAUGGUUUAGCACAGAUCCUCUGCUUUCUUUAGGGUUUCUAUCAGCAGAGUGUUCUGGCUACUUUUUAUAACCAUUUCCAGUGAAAUUGUUCCUUACAGAAUUGAAUUCCUGCUCUGAAUCCAACAGUAAGGAAAAUAGUCCUCAAAACACUUUGAUUGGGAAAGCUGUUGGGAGGAUGGUCUUCAAUACAGCAUAAUUCUCAGCAGUGUUCCUUUUCAAGGGUGGUUGCUGCUCUAAUCAAAACAGUAUCUCAUGAGCUUUAUUGUGCUACAAUAGACACUAAAGAAUUUUUUGAAAGAAUGUUGCCUUUCCUUGAGAAAAAGUGAUUGUUAUCACUGAAGCCUGGUAAUCACUUCUGGGCCUGUUGACUUUGGCUUUGUGACAGACUUUUGACAACAGGGCUUGGCAAAGAAUGGAGCAACAACGUUGGAAUCAAUAGACCAGCUUGGGAAUAAGAACUCGCAGGAGUAGGCUCCCAUGGGCUCUUAGAUGGAGAAACUCAUUGUGCAGUAGGUCAAAGUUUGAACUCGUGUCCAAAAUUCUCAGCAAGGGAGUUGGUGUAGGUGAGAUAAAUAUGCUCUAGGGACUUGCCUAAAAAGGGAGGUGUUGAUACAGUUAAACUGUGUUUUCAGCUCACCCUUUACUCUCAAAGUGAGGACUUGAUGCAAAGCAAGUGGUUUGCACACCAAUUAUCCUUUCUGCUAGCUGUCUUACUUCACUUCGGAAGGAGAAUGAGUGAUGUUGCAUUUAGUCUGAGAAGAAUUCAUCUGGAAAGCCAGUAGAGUUUCUGAUGUGCUGUUUGGGGUGUUAGCACACCUGUGUGGAGAAGUCCUUGACUGUGAAGAUGAGAUGCUGGUUAUCAGUGUUACAGGGAGAAAUGUUGCAUUUUUUUAACCUUAUGAGUGCUGAAAGUAAGAUAUAUUACUUUUUAUGUUAAGUGAUACAUGCUUUUAUUUUCUCCAUUGGUUGGCUAUUUCUUCAGGAUGUUACUUUAAUUUAGAAAACAUUUCCCUCCCCUGUUAUGUAGUUUUGUUAUUUAUCCUCUAGACUUUUGGUCACAGGAUAACCUGUUACAAAAUUACCAAAACCUCUCCAAUUAUUAAUGGCUGACAUAUUGUAAGUCAUGGACAGCAAAUAGUCCAGCCACUCAUGCUACUCCUUCCCAGCUGCACUGCUGCAAUUUAUCACCCUUGCAGUGGUAUUAACACAAGUGUUUGUGGAUCAAGAUUGCUGAAGCAAUGUGGACCUGAAACCACAAAACCCCAGAAGCAAAGACACUUCUCCACAAGCCUGUGGCUUAUUCGAGUUAGUGUUAGGCUGCUGUCUGCGUACAUCUUGACCCAAAAAAACACUUGGCAGAGCUGAAGGUAGAGGAAUGAAGGUGGGAAGGGAGUGGAGCCUGUUUAAGCUGGCUUGGUUGCUAAAGAAAAUAUUGUGCAACUAGUUUUUUAAGGUGGUGUUUUGUGUUUGUUUUUGUUUUUUUUUUCUUUUAAAGUUGCAUCCACAACUGAGUGCUUGAACUUCCUGUAUCAAGAACUGAUUGGUGUAUAGUUGGAUCUGGAGUUGCUUCUUGAGACCUUGUGUGUACAGCUUGAAGGGUUUGGCCUGGAAGAUUCUCUAAACAUGUAAUUUGGGAACCAUAGGUGUAUACAGCAAAAACUCGGGAGGUGAUACUAUUGGGGUAACAGGCAAGAGGAGUAGCUAAAGGCAUAAAAGCAUUAAUCUGUUUUUUAACACACCUAUUCUUCAUGGUCAUUUUAAUACAGAGAGGUGGGAGGGGACACCAAAACAUUAGAAAUCACCCAUAAAUGAGAAUCUAAAUUUGUGGAAAGCAGAGUGCCCAUGAGUUGUCUCUUUAUUGAUGACAAGUCUAUGCAGGGGUGGCAUCUUGGAAGUUUGAAUCAUGUUGUGCAUCACAGUCUAGCUAAUACAGUCCUGUUUUAAACAAAACUUGCUUUGAGUGGCCUUUAAUCACUUAUUACAGAUCACUUUAAAUAGAUACAAUACAGCUAAGCAAAAUUACUGAUUUUUUUGGGGUGUAUCAUAUGUAUAUAGAACAUAAGAUAUAAAGAAUAUGUCUUAAUGCAGUGGAUUUAAUCCAUUUUAAAAUAGUUUAUGUACUUUGCCUUGGAUUUUAUUGUUUAAAACCUGAAAGGUAACUUUCUAACUUGAACAUUCCUUCUGAAAUUCAAAUAAAGGACAGUUUGGUAUGUUAAAAUCUCAUGUAAUGUACUGCACUUUAAGCUAGAGCAGGCCAUUAAUCAGAAGUGCUGUUCUUGCACUAAUAGAAUUGUUGGACUGGCAGUGACAACGCUCAAAUGGCUUUUACUGUCUGGGGGGAGAAUAGUGAACCAGAAGGAUUACUGCAGGCCUUUGAAACUACAGAUAAGGCAAACACUAUGUGAUUUAGGCCACUCUUCUCUUCCUACAGAUGUUUUUGUAUUAACUCAUCUCGAAAGAUGGAAGGUCUCUCAGCUAAGAACCAGAUUGUAUGGAGUUGUGUUGCUUCAGUAAGUCAGAUGUGGAAAGCUUUCUCUGAGUAAAUGUGUUGUGAGGGCUGAGACUGUUUUGGAUGAUUAUUAUAGUACAGAAGAGUAACAUUUUUAGUACAGACAAGGGACCUUUAUACUGAACCAGGAGUUGCCUUCUUAUUUCCAAUUCCUCUCUCAUCUUGCUCUUCUGUUGCUGAUGGAAAGAGGUAUUUUGAAGCAAAAUGUCAGGAUUCUACUAAACAACUCGUGUUUUCUAGAAUUUCUUUUAUCAAUGUCCAGAUCCUUCCUGCACUACAUAGCAGAGUUCUAUUUCUGCCAUUAGAAAACAAAUCAAGAAAGAAAAUACUCAAUAUUUAGACAGUUGCUUAGUAGUUUCCCACAAAUGUACACUGGAGAGGAAAUUUACUGUACUGCUUUAAAAAAGAACCCAGGCUUCUAAAUGUCUGCACACAGAGCUCUGCAUGGAGAUAAGUGUUUUAGCACAGUGUGAUGUUGGAAUGCUUAUGCAAAUGCUCAUUUACUUUCUGCCAUGACCAUGCAAAAUGCAGUAGAGGUGGUGGUGUACUUCUCAGUGUGAUAGCAGCUAGUGCAAUCUUGGCAAUCCUGUGUACGUCGUCAUGCACCAGGAGGCAGUUUUUAUCUGUAGACAUUUUUUAGCCUUUUGCCUUUUCAGUGUUGGGUGGUUUGGUUGGUUGCCUGUUUGUUUGUGGGGUUUUGUUUGUUGUUGUUUGGGGCAUGGGGGUGGUUAGUUGACUUCUUCAUUUUUCUUGGAUUUUCUAGGACUCUGAAGACUGCACUUUCUUAAACUUUACCAAAGUUUGCUUUCUUUCUCCUUUUCUCCUCACUUGCCCUUCCUGAUAAGUGUACACACUCAAUUUUUGGAAGAAGCAAGCCUGUACAUACUCUGCUAAUACAUUAUUGUCCAGUUGUUCCUUUUGUUGUUAUGGCCUGGUGUUAUCUGUAUUUUCUGCCUUCACCAUCAAAUCUCAUCGUAAGCAUAUGCUGAUAUUCCAUUUCAGAAACACUGCCCUGUAAUUAAUUAUAAGUAGCAAACUGACAGAAACAUGUAGAGAUGUAAGCAUCUAUAGUCUGUCAUUAGGGUGUAUCUGACACAAUAUGUUUUCAGUGUGAACACAUUUCUGCUGUUUAAAAGGAGCCACUUUGAUUAAAAUCUAAUCUUUAAUUUGAAUUUGUAGUACCUCUGUCAGCUGAGAAUUGCAGCUAGAAUUGGGCUUCUCAAAUAUAUCAAUGUCAAAAUGUAAUAAACAGGCUAGCUUAAAUACUUUUUUAGGUUUUGAAGGUACAAUAUUCUGAAAACUGACAUGAAUGUACUCCUAAUAUUUUUGAAACGUUUUUUCCCUUAGAGUGCAUAGACUAGAAUGUGUUCUGAUACUUGUUUUUGUGAUACAAAGUCAAUAACUUGGGGGGUGGGUGGGUGUAGAGGAAACCUGAAGGAUUAAAAAACUUGUAAGGAAUCUCUUUGCUGUUCCUCAAGGAAGAGCUGGGUUCCACAGAACUUUCAAGUAACUUGCUGCUAAUGAAAAUACUAAUUUAUGGUCAGCUUGCAUACUUAAAUACGAGGACACUUGGGUAUCAACCUGCUCAUGGUGUGAAAACAUGAGUAACAUGGAAGUGCUAGAAUAAUGCUGUCCUUCACCACCCUGCAUUAAGGAGAUCCUGUUGGUGUGUACUUUGAGAUUAAUCCUAUAUGACAUCUCAAUUAUCUUAGUCUUCUUGCAAUUGAUAGUAAAAGAUUCGGACCGAGUAGGUGGUUAAUUGUUAAUGAGGACAUCAAUUUAAACACUACAUAGUUUAAGAAAAUGACUGAAGAGACUUCCAGAAAGAAAAUCUGCCUUGAAAAGAUUCAGUUUACUUCUGUGAUCUCAAUCUCUUUAGAGUGUUUUUUGCAAAUCUCUUCUUUGUGAAAGAUCUGUAGAAACCUGAUAGCAAAAAUGGUUAAAAUGCAAACUUGUAAAGCAUUGCUGUUGUUUGAUUUUCUGUUUGUAGCUAACGUUACCUAUAAGCAAAUACAGAAAUACCUAGAUGUAAUUUAAGCUUUUGUUCUUAAAGUAGGUAAAUCUAAUGCUUAGUGCCUGAUUGAUCACUUCCAAGUCCAGUGUUCCAUCAACUUUCUUGAGAAUGGACUCUACUACCUGCUGGUGACUAAUUUUAAAUGCUGACAGUGCUGCCUGUAAACUGUGAUGUUAUCCAUGCAGAGCAAUUGUAGUCUUUGGCCCUAAUGUUUUGGUUGUUUUUUCCUUUUGAACCGCAGCGUGGGAGAUGGAGAAGGCUGGCACAAACUCUUUCUGUUUGUUCCAGAGAAAGAUGUUUACAACUUUGUAUAUAUAUUUUAGGAAUUCACUGUAACACUUUUUAACUUGUGACAGGAGCUUCUGUAGCUAACUCCAAAUCUGUUGUCUUUAUGAGGUGAAUGCAGACUCUUGAGUUAGUGUUGUCUAGGCUCCCAGAAGCUGUUGCUGCUCGCUUACACCACAGGAGGGAGUUAAACAUCAGUCUUUUGAGUAUUUCCAGUUACAGCAUUUUUUUUUCUUAGUACAUUUCAGUUUAUGCUGACUUUGAGUUGUACAAAAUCAAUACAUGGUGGUGAUGUAUUGUAACUGUUUACAGUUGAACUCUGAGUAUCAGUUGAUGGGUUUUAUCAAGCUAUUUAAAAACAAAUAAAAACCUUUUUCAAAAUG